AUGCCAGGGGCUCAACCCCUGGCAAAUUGCACAAUCUUGUGGCAAAUUGCUGACAGCUUUUUGAGUGUUGGAGACCGAGCUUUGCCAGGGGUAGCUCCUGGCAUGGCUCCUGCAGUGUUUAUUGCCUCUUGUUGUUCCCUUGCCAUCCUUGUUGCUGUUUGGAGCUGUUCUAUCAUCAAGCUUCAACAAUUGAACGUGACAAAGAUGGAGUAUUAUCAGCAUUAUCGUAGUUGGAUGUAUGACAGAACGUUUCCGGGAAGAAGAGGAUUAAAACCCCAUUUUGUGGAAGGAGUUCACGGAUUUAUUUCAUGGGCAUGGGAACAACAAGUUCGUCAAAAUGAGGGAGGGAUAAGAUGUCCGUGCCUUAAAUGUGUGUGUAGAUAUAUAAAGACUGACCCCAAUGAAGUGAAGAAACACUUGGAAAAAGUUGGAUUUAUGCUUGAUUAUUGGGUUUGGAUUUAUAACGGUGAACAGUUUCAAAAUUUUGGGGCGAAAGUCAAUGCACAAGCUUCAAGUAGUGGAAUAAAUGUGGAUGAUAAUGAGCAAUUCAACAUGAUGAAUGAUAUGGUCGUUGAUGCUUUAGGUGUGGAAUUGUCUUCCAAUAAUGAUGUUGAAGAUGAACAAGGUGAAGAACCCCCAAAUGAGCAAGCCCAAAGAUUUUACCAGUUGUUGAGUGAAUGUAAUGUCCCGCUGUUUGAAGGGUGUACGCAAUCAAAGUUAUCAAUGUGUGUCAGACUUUUAGCUCAUAAGGCAAAUCAUGGUGUUGCUGAUAAAGGUGUGGAUCCAAUUACGGAGAUGUUGUUGGAUGUGACUCCUUUUAAAGAUAAUUUGCCAGCAACUUAUUAUGACGCUGAGAGGUUGGUCAUGAAGUUGGGAUUAAAAGUUGAUAAGAUUGAUUGUUGCAUAAACGGUUGCAUGUUGUUUUAUGACAAUGAAUUUGGAAAAAAUGACGGAGCAUUGGUGGAAUGCAAAUUUUGUCAGAGUCCACGGUAUCGUCUAACCAAGAGUGGGAGGAUUCCGAAUAAGACAAUGUUUUACUUGCCAAUAAUACCAAGACUACAAAGAUUGUUUGCAUCGAUGAAAACUGCUAGCCAUAUGACGUGGCAUCAUUCAAACAAAAUUCUUGGAGUCAUGCGACAUCCAUCCGAUGGUGAAGCUUGGAAACACUUUGAUGAAGUAUAUCCUGAUUUUGCAGCAGAUCCGCGUAAUUUAAGACUUGGAUUGUGCUCUGAUGGUUUCACUCCACAUAUCCAGGCAUCAGGGAAACCCUAUUCUUGUUAG